AUGCUAGUAACUGGCGGCAAGAAUGGACUCGGAAAAGAACCUGUACGGCAGUUUGCCAAACAUGGCGCGAAAGUUUAUAUGGGAGCUCGCAGCGAGAGGAAGGCAACCGAUGCCAGUGCGGAAAUCAAGCAGGCGUUGCCCAAUGCCUAUAUCGUGUUCCUGGAAUUAGAUCUUGCCUCAUUCGAGUCCGUAAAGAAGGCAGCCCAGACUUUCCUAGCUGAGAAUGAUCGUCUUCACGUACUGAUGAACAACGGUGGAAUCAUGACAGGACCCCUGGGCGUCACAAAAGAAGGCUACGAAGUUCAGUUCGGCACGAAUCACGUCGGUCACGCCCUGCUGACUAGGCUACUGAUGCCGGUUCUCGAAAGGACAGCUGCGGAGCCAGGUAGCGACGUCCGAAUCAUCAACUUGAGCUCCAGCUCUCAAGUUGUUUUCGCCCCGAAGGCUGGCUUGCUACUCGACAAACUCGCCAACGUGUACUUCACGAAAGGACUAGCAAAGCAUUAUCCGCAGAUCAAAAGCGUUGCUGUGAAUCCCGGGGGCGUCCAAACUGGCCUUGCAGAUAGGCUGAAUGCCACCUACCCGCACCUCAAACCGCUCUUUGCGCUCAUGAGACUCGUCUUUGUCGAUGUCUCUGUAGGAGCGCAUGGCCAACUCUGGGCAAGCACAGCAGUGAGCGCAGACGUCAAAAGCGGCGCCUUAUACUACCCGGGCGCUAAAGAGCAUGAAGGGAGACCGUUGAUGAACGAUCCGGGAAUGGUAGAUUCACUGUAGGACUAGACCGAGACGGAGCUGAAGGAACAUGGCUUUUGAGAAAAUGAAAAGCGGAAAGAUUGUGUGAGUUAUGAUCAUCACCAAACAUGGACGGAGGAUGAGUGCCAGUCCGGGAACAAUCUCAAGAUAGAUCAUACUUCAAAGGCCUUUGAAAGCCACGCCUGAAUCGAAUGAUGACUGCCAGAGGUUAUGCCUUCUCUUCCAAUCCCUAGUAAAGCGUGCUUCACAUUGUUUCAUUAGAUAUAUGGUAUUCACUGCACUUGUUCUGGUAUCAU